GACAGACGAUUUCAACAUGAAUAGUUUUGAUUGGAACCACACCGAUGACACGUCAUCCAUGCCCCCGGAAACUAGCACGCUCUCACCUUCGGAGGAGGCGGCCCUGCUCGAACAAUACAACCAGGAACAGGCCAUCCGCUACCUUCCCGUGUUCGUAUUCCUCAUUAUCAUCUUGGUCAUUGGAACCAUUGGAAACAGCCUUGUCCUGUUCGUUUACUGCAAGAUGUUUAGAAAAACUUCGUCUAACUAUUUCAUCGUUGCUAUGGCGAUAUUUGACCUCUUAGCGUGUGUUAUAGGUUUGCCAACCGAAUUAUACGAUCUGAGAUAUUCGUUAACGUUUUACAGCGGUGCGAUAUGUAAGAUAUUUAGAUACACUGAAGCAGUUGUUGUUUACGGAUCUGCUAUUAUCCUUGUUGAAAUUGCAUUCGACCGGUACUUCAAAAUCUGCAGACCAUUGGUGUUAAUUGAACUUUACAAGAUAAAGAUCAUGUGCUUUGUCGCCGGGCUAGCAGCUGUGGUGAUAUCAAUUCCAGCACUCAUUUUGUACGGGAUUUCCCGAACGCAUACGCCAGACGGCCGUGUCCAAGGAUACGACUGCUCGAUAGAGGAGGCGUAUAGAAAACAAGCGUUUUCCAAAAUCUAUUAUCUCAUGCUCGGACUGGUCUUUGUUACAACAGUCCUGAUCUUAUCUGGCUUGUACAUUCGUAUCUGGGUUGAAAUAAAACGCAGGAAAAAGCUGGUGAUUGGAGAUCAGGUAAAGAGACCGAGCAGGGAGGAAAUUCCGAUGCAAAACACCUUGGCGAAUGACCAGAAGACAAAGAAACUAAGAGUGGUCCGGUACUGCUCUGAGUACAGCGACGAAGACUCGCAGGACAUGGCGACCAGGGUGUCCUUCCGGCCGACUCUGCAGUGCCUCGCGGAGGCGAUGACAAAGUUUCGGGUUAGUCGCACCACCAUUGUCCUGUUUGCGGUCACUGUUGUGUUUGUCAUCAGCUAUCUUCCUGGAAUCAUCGUCAUGAUAUGCAGGUCCUCCAUAAAGGAUCUGGAAAAGAAUCAGACUCUCGCCGAGCAAGUUAUAAGUAAACUGUUCUCCAAGUUUUACUUCAUCAACAAUGCGAUAAAUCCAAUUAUAUACAGUUUCCUUAACCUCAGUUUCAGACGUCGCUGUAUAGUGUUAAUUAAGAAAUUAUUUGUUUGCCGUAAACGUGAUUUUCGCUUUCGAAAACCGAUUUAUGAAAAAAAAACGGAUUCCCAGAAGAGUAAUAAAAGCACGAAAAGUUCCAAAAGCGCUAAGAUAAGUACCAAAGAGCUUCAAGUAUGAGAUAAAGUGAACAUAUGUACGUUUGAAACAUUUAACCGAUAGAGGGUGUUACAAAUAACUCUCAUGUUGGACUCUGGAAAGUGUUUGCAUUUUAUCGGUGCAAACAGGUGUAAAGUAUUGGAUAUUAGCUGUUUACAGGUUAUAAGAGAACACAUUAUAACAAUACUAUUGAAACCGGUAAACGCAAUUUAUCAAUUCUAAAUGAUAACGCGUAACAAUGAGGUGUACAUAUUUGAAAAAGAGAACAAAAUGUGUAUAACUUAGGUGUAUGUUUGUAUAUAUAGAACUUGUGUUUUUUAUUAUAAAUAUUAUUAUGCUUUUAUUUGUUAAUAACUUGCAUUGCGUUAUAUUAUUUAACAUUUAUUACCUACGUUUUAAGUUGUAAAAGGCUUUUGUUUGUUUUUUCUUUCGACGAAUAUUUUGUUCACAAUGUUAAAAUUACAACUACUUAAACCUAUUUAUUUUAGCUCGAUUGCAUCGAAAGCCUAAGGCUUAUAUAAAUGCUCUCGAGUCCGUUUCCUGGGCCUAGAACCAGUACUUGGUGUCUUUUGGGGAGAUCUAAAGAACGCUCCCAUGGUGGGGAUCGAACCCGUGACCUCCCGGUCGCUAGGCGGACACCAUAUCCAUUACACCACGGCGACCACGACUUUUAUCUUACCAAAAACUGACUUGUUGAAACAUUCCAUCGGUUUGAAACUGGUAUUCCAUCAAUGAAAACUACACGCUCAUCCACUUAUAUCACAUGAUAUGAUAAUUUUCCCUAUGAAUAUUUUUAUAAUACUUUUCAUUAUUCAAGUAUAUGUAUGUCUAUGUUUAAUUGCCGUUCUUUGUUUACUGAUUGUUGAAUC